AUGCAGGGCGAUAUAGUCAUAAUCAGCGAUACCGAAGAACUAUCUGAUGAGGAGAUUGCUUUUGUCGGUAUCACUCAGACCCAAGCUAACACCAGGAUAGGGCAGAGCAGUUCUUCAAGAUCAGCGAUCGUACCGAUAUUUAUCGAUUCCGAUCCUGAAGAAACACAAGAUCAGGAGGACGAUCAAGAUAUAUGUGCUUUCCUCUCGUCUACUAUCUCUACCUCAACGUCCAUCGCUGGUCCUUCAUCAUCUCGACUGCUGAAGAAGAGCAAAGACCCAGUCACUAGGAUUGAUAGAAAAGGGAAAAGACGGGCAGAGGAAGAUGUGAUAUUGGAUAUAUCGGAGUCAUCAGCUUUGAUGGAUAAAUUUGAGAGAUUCGAAAAUAGUAUAUUAUCAAAGAUCGAUUCUCUGACGGAUAUCCAUAUAACCUCAGAGACGCCUGAUACACUGAUAGGAGAUACACCUGCUCCAGUUGAAGCCGAGAAGGAGCCAACAACGAAAAAGAAAGCUAAGAAGCGUAAAUCGUCUGCAGCCGACGAUGCCUUCACCACAUCGGAGAAACGCCAGAAGAGUACAGAGAAGGAUACUGGCGCCAAAUCAACCGCUACCGCUGCUAAACCUAAGUUGACGAAAGAAGAGAAAGAAGCUCUGAAAUCUAAAGAAAAGGCCGAGAAGCAGCUACAGAAAGAUACAUUAAAGGCUGCUAAGGAAGCUGAGAAAUCUUAUCAGAGGAAGUUGGCCGAAGUCAAUAGGCUCCGAGUAAGCAAGAACGAUACUGUGCGCGAAAUCUAUCUAUACCUCUCAUCCGAUCUAUCCAAACCCACUUCACCUAUCGCCGGAGCCUUACCAGAGAUAACCAAACGAAUUACCGAUAAUUACUCUGAAAUCAAAUUCUUGGAUGAAGAGGAAUCGACUAUAAAUGGAUUGAUCAAAUUCAAGCGACAUCUGAAAGCUAGAUGGGAUACAGAGAAGAAACAAUUCAUACCUUUGGAUCAACCAGUGUGGAUAUGGGAGGGGAUAUACGUAUUGGUGAUCAACGCAGAAGAAAUUGUCGACAAGAUCGCUUCGGCCUUCGAAUCACCAGAUGAAGAAGAAAGGCUCGACGAAUUGAAACUAUGGGUAUCGGACAUCAAGUUGACCUUGAGUCUGACAAUAAACGAUCAAUUGAUCAUCAUGAUUAAAGGUUUGCAGAAGUAUUAUAGUAAGAUGAAGUCGCUGGCAAAUAAAGAAUUUACGGCUGCUGCUCGUGCGGGAUUAAAUGGUACGACGAGCGCCAAUCGAAAUCAAGGUGGAAGGAAUAGCGGUAGGAUUGGACCCGAUAAAGAGAUUAUUGAGAUGGCUUUGGUGAGACUGCAGGUGAAACAAAGGUGUUUCUUGGUUCAUGUCGAAAAGACUGAAGAUAUCGAAGAUUGGCUGUACAACAUCGCUGCGGAUGUAGCUAUAAGACCGUACAAACUAAUCUCCAAGUCUCAUCUCGCCUUUUGUCCUACCGACGGUAUCAAAAAAGGAUCCAAACCUACCGAAACGUUCGAAUUGAUGUUACAGGAAGUACAAGGUAUAACGCCAAGUGCGUCUAUGGGGAUAGCCAGCGAAUAUUCCACUUUCAAGGAAUUGAUGGAAGCUUUUGAGAAAGCUGAAAGGAGGGGUGGGGUUGAGAGAGCGGAAGGGAUGUUGCAAGAUUGUGAGAUAAAAACGUUGAGGAAUGGUACGGCCAAUGGAAGGAAGCUGAACAAGGCAUUGGCGAAAAGAGUGUAUAACGUAUUUAGAGGAGAUGAUAGUUUGGCUCUGGCAGAACGGAAACGUCAGUCGUAUAAUGAGUUUUCUUGGUUGAUGGAGUAG